GUCUAACUUGACGCUGGCGCUGUGGAUGCAGGGGAGGAGGCAGCCGAGGCUAUUUAAAGAGGGUCAUCCAGUCACGGAUAAAUAGCAGAAGGUCCACGGCGUUGACUAACCGCCUCUAAAUGGUUUUCAUCCUGCACUGUGUAUCUGUCUGGGGCUACUUAUUGUUCGUUAGUCCAGACUGAGGCCGCUUCACUGCUGUGACAACCAUCCGUCGACCAUCAGCCCAGUCUGCCAGCUCCUCACCCAGGGCUAUCCUCCUCCCUUUUUUUUUAUUCCUUAUUAUCUGGGAGACGUGAAAAAUGGGCAAAGAUUACUAUAAAACGUUGGGUAUCUCUAAAGGAGCUACAGAUGAGGAUAUUAAGAAAGCAUACAGAAAACAAGCGUUGAAAUGGCACCCGGACAAAAACAAGUCUGCAGCCGCCGAGGAGAAAUUUAAGGAAAUCGCUGAGGCAUAUGAGGUCCUCAGUGAUCCGAAGAAAAGAGAAGUUUAUGAUCAGUAUGGAGAAGAAGGUCUCAAGGGAGGAAGUGGGCCCACUGCUGAUGGACAAGGCAGCACUUUCACCUACACCUUCCACGGGGACCCACAUGCCACCUUCGCCACUUUCUUUGGGGGUUCAAAUCCCUUCGAGAUGUUCUUUGGGCGUAAAGCAAAUGGCCGGGAUGACGACGACAUGGAGGUGGAUGGAAAUGACCCAUUCGGCUCCUUCACCAACUUCAACCUGAAUGGAUUCCCUCGAGACGGGCACAUCGGCCCCGGAGGGCCACAGCGCCGGAAGCAGGACCCAGCCAUCAUCCAUGAACUGAGGGUCACCCUGGAGGAGGUCUUCCACGGCUGCACCAAGAGGAUGAAAAUCUCCCGCAAAAGGCUAAAUCCAGAUGGCAGGACCAUGCGCAAUGAGGAUAAGAUUCUCACUAUCGAGAUCAAGCGGGGCUGGAAAGAGGGAACCAAGAUCACGUUCCCGCGGGAGGGAGAUGAGUCACCCAAUACCAUACCUGCUGACAUUGUUUUCGUCAUCAAGGACAAGCCCCACCCCCACUUUAGGCGGGAGGGCUCAAACAUUGUGUAUCCCGUGCGUGUGAGCUUACGACAGUCGUUGUGCGGAUGCUCGGUUACCGUGUCGACGAUAGACGGGAAGACGUGCAACAUGAAGAUCACGGAUGUCAUCAAGCCUGGCAUGAGAAAGACUGUUGCUGGACAGGGUCUGCCAUUACCCAAAAAUCCCGAGCAGAGAGGGGACCUGGUGGUGGAGUUUGAUGUUAACUUUCCUGAGGCGUUGCCAGGCAACGCCAAGGACGUCUUGAAGCGGCAUUUACCUGCUUAGGAUGAAGGACAAAGACUGAACGAUGGGAGAUAACCGCAUGACAGCGCUCACCCUCAUUACCAGCACACAAUCACACACACACAGACAGUUCUGAGAGUUCACAGAUGGACCCCCUACGAUGAAUGUGCAGUUUCUAUUUUUGAGCUAACUGGUGUUUUUAUAAAUACCAUGCAUGCUGCCAAGUUGAUGUAAGUGAAAGUGAAAGACAGUCUGGGUUGUUGAUAUCUGAAAGAAACACAUUUUAUGUACGUGGGUCUUUGCCACAAUCACUUUAUCUUUUUGUUUGUAGGAAAUAUUUGGUAGUGAGUGAGUCAACAGUGAUCCUGGGAAACAUUGCAGUGCCAAACAGUACAUUUUCUUGCUCUCGUUUCGAUCUGACAGGCUUCAUUACUGACAUUUUCUAAACUGUCAUUCAUGUUUAUGUUGUCAUGUAGAGAUACAAGCUUCAGUUAAGAGGCGGUCUUAAAAUCAGUGUACAGGUUAUUCAAGAGGAACGUGGUUGAGUGAACUCAGUCAUAUGUGCAUUUUAGAAAGUGACAUGUGAAGAUAAUUGAGCUUGAAUUUUAAAAUAAAUAUUUCCACAUGA